AUGCGGGUGGAGGUGAAGUUUGGUACGCAGACAAUUGUCGUGGAGUUGCCGGAUGGCCCCACACCGCCAACCCUCUUGCAGCUCAAAGAGCAGCUCUGUACGCAGACGGGUGUUUUACCUAUGAUGCAGAAGCUUCUUGGCAAACCGAAACUGAACGAUCCCGAAAACGACGCCAAAUCACUUGAGCAAAUGGGCGUGCGCAACAACGCAAGGCUGAUGCUUGUUGGCUCUUCCGUGCCGGAGGUGGUGUCAGUGAAUACCACUUCCGCCGCACAGAAGCAGCAGGAGGAGGAACGAGAGAAACUGCUAAGAAAUCUUCCGCUGAAUAUUUGGCUGCUUCCAUCGUUUGCCGGCUUUAUGGCGGAUCCUUACGUAGAGGGGAAGGGCUUUUCACUGGAGGGCGGCGGGGUGGGGUUGGCGCUUCUGACACUUGACGUGGCGCUCACGCGUAUCAACACGUUGGGCGUGGCCACAGCAAGCGGUGGUGGCACCGCCGCCGCACUCUUGCAGUCUUUGGGAAACGAGGAGCAGGCGACCAUCUCCCACCCGCUGCUGCGGCAACUAAGUGCGGCAGAUCGUCAGGCCGUUCAGAGAGCACACGGUGCGCUGCGCCGCUGCUACUACUUUGCGCAGGAGGCGGAACAGGCGCAAAACCCACAGCAGGUCCUUCCUGUUGUGAAGAAGGCCGUGUCAUCUGUAGAUGGACUUGCGGUAGGGGAGUGGCUUCUGCUUCCAGGUGGUUGGAACGGCUUGAAUGCUGCCAACGCCAUCUACCUGCUUAUUCACCGGCGUGGGCCAGAGACCCUUGACGUCGUUUUCGUGAAUCGUGGGCACGAGGGGAUGCCGUACCACCCGUCGUGGCAAACAGCGGAGAAAAUUGUGUCGUGCCCAAUUCUCCGCUUUGAGGGUGUAGCAAGCGCACGUCUGCUGGACCACACCUUUUGGCUGCUGUUGCUUUCUCUGUGGAUGCGUAGCAACGGGUCGGGUGCUCGGUCGGAGUUUAUCCGCGCGGAGGUGUUCUACGACGUGCUUCUGCCGUGGCUCGUGGAGAAGGGAGGCAAACACGCGGACCCGCCGCGGUUUGCGACGGAGAUGCUGCUUGGCACUUGUGAUAGUCGAACGGACGAGGAUGAUGAUACCGCCGCCAGGCAUUGUUUUUCGGCCGCCAUUCACGAGCAUCGAGCGACACCGGUGCGCAGCGCAUCGAGCGCCAUCAAAGGAGCCGUCACGGCAUUGGUGUACCUCUUGGAGCAGUAUGGUGUCCGUGCACGCUCUGUACAAAAAUCCAUAAAGUACGCGCUCAAAUACGAGUUCAUGAUGCGUGCGGCGGAGGAUCUCAGCGCGCUUGCCCGUCGCUUUAUGCGUUCCUAUACAACUGACAUUCAACAGCAG